CACGUGGCCGUUUUCCUUCUUGAUCACCAUCUCAUCCGACGUCGGCCAUUUCGAUUUCGAUAUGAAUAUGUGGCCAUAAGCAUUGUAAACGACGAUAGGACGGCAAUACUGAGAUGACACCAACGACCAUCUUCUGGCCUACAGAUCUUGUCAAGCCGGGAUUUUGUUUUGGUUGGAGGAGGCCCGCUUGGUGUGUUGCAGGGCGUCUGGCUGUAGACACGAUAUCAGAAGCAAAGGCUGCGAUCGAGAUCCUUUCAGUCUCGCCUGCGUACCGUUCCUUGCGUGACGCCUGUGGGGAGGAUCCGGUCAUAUUUGGCAAAUUUACCUGUGAACGAAAGAAAAAGAUCACGGUCCCAAUUUUCCAUUUUCCGGUUCCUAAGGACUAUAUCGUCGUUUACUAUUACCGCCACCUUCCGACUACUCUCCGCUUCUAUUCUCUGGAAGCUUUGAGACUUGACUAUCAUGCUCAGGAACAGUACAGUCCUUCUGUUUCCGCCGACGCUUCUGCCUUAAAUUACGCGGCUUUCCGCGUUUCUGGGUCCUCUUCAGGCAUCAAUGAUAUGGUCGUAGAUCAGUUCAAUGCUGCCCAUACUGUCGAAGAUCUUCUGCAGAACUAUCUUUACCCUUCAGAGCCAUUGCUCAAAACAGACAUCCUGUGGACUCUUUUUGAUCUGUCCUGGAAAAAGAUUUCACCAUCACUGGCGCUCUUCUCCAACUUUCUAACCGUGGUUUGCAAUGCGCCUGUCUUCUUAUCCUUUAUAUUAAAGGAUCUUUCGGCUAUCUUUCAGCAAAUAGAUAUUCGCACAGAACAAGCCGACUUUUUUACAGCAGAAGUAUCUCCGUUGCGCAACCGUGGCAAGACUCCCACAUCUCUGUAUUCAGUGCGAUACAUCAACUUUUUCAACACCGUGUGGCUCCUGCUCAACGAUAUCACAAUCGGAUCAGCUAUAGGUUCCUUUCUAUGCGACAAUCAUGUCGUCCUUGCUUCCAUGCUCAACUCAAUGGUGGAUAACAUCCUCAUUCAAUGGACUCAAUGGGUUUUACACUGGCUAGACUCAUGGCCUGCCGGUCUCAAGCUCAAUACGGAGCUAAGUCGUUUUUAUUCGCAAACCUUUAUCGAUUUGAUAGCCAUGUGGGGUCGUGUCCUCCAAUGGGUAGCUCCCCAUCUACCGGCGAUUAUAUACCUCUUCGGCGUUGCUAGUUGGGGAGGCGCGACUUUGUCUAUCUCGCUAUUCUCAGAUUUACUAGCCAUUUUAACCGCCCACAUAUAUGUCUGUUACUUCAUAUCCAACGCUGUCUAUGCGAGACUUUUGACUACUGCUGGAUCAUUGUGGAAUAUUUUCCGAGGUAAACGAUACAACGCUCUACGCAAUCGUACCGACACCUGGGAGUAUGAUAUCGAUCAACUUCUCUUUGGUACAAUUCUAUUCACACUCUUGGCAUUUUUAUUCCCAACGGUGUUAGUGUACUACUCCCUAUUUGCUCUGCUGCGAUUGGCAAUCAUUCUAGUGCAGGCAUGUCUGGAAACUCAAUUGGCAUUCAUGAACCAUUUUCCCUUGUUUGCAUUGAUGCUCCGCGUCAAAGAUCCGUGGCGACUUCCAGGUGGAAUAUAUUUCAUCCUCGACAGAAAUGAGCAUUUCCUAGUAAUCAAAAGCCAGCCAGUCCCUUUCUCUUCAAUAUUCUUCCAGUAUAUUCGCUUGUCCUCUCGUUUGGCGUCCCAUUAUAAUCCUCUCCGGUUGUUAGGCCGUUUACUGACGGGGAAGCUCCUCAAGCCUAUACCGCGGUACUCGAUCCGCUACAGUAAAUCUACUGGAAAGCGAGAGGAGUGAUAUAUUCAUCAUCAUAAUUAUGUGAUACGAUACUAGUGGGAAGUAGCCCUG